ACACUUGAAUCCGGAGAUUAGUGAUGUCAAACUUCAGUCUGCGAAUCAAAGCUCCUCGAGGGGAGAAGACAGUUUCCGUCCCUAGUUCAUGUUCAGUUAAAGAACUUCGAGAUGAAGCAUCAAAAGCGUUCGAGACUCCAUCAGAAAGACUCAUUCUGAUUUUUGGAGGCAAGAUUCUUAAAGAUGAAGAUACUAUUGAACAGCUAAAAAUCAAGGAUGGGUUUAUUAUCCAUUUGGUGAUUUCGAAACAACAACAGCCCUCCCAGGUUAACCCAACAGGAACCUCUUCAGUUGUAACGGAUGUGGGCAAUAGACCAACAGAAAGUAGGAGUCCAAGUAAUCCAUCACAAACUGGUGCUACUGGUGUGAACACUUUCGCCGGUAUGCAACAAGCUAUGCAGGCUCAAGUGAUGCAGAAUCCCGAACUUCUUCGCAACAUGCUAGACAGUCCUCUUGUUCAAUCUUUGAUGAGCAAUCCAGAGGUCAUCAGAAGUUUAUUUCAAGCGAAUCCUCAAAUGCGUGAUUUGAUUGAACGCAAUCCUGAAUUAGGACAUAUGCUUAACAAUCCAGAUCUUCUUCGACAGUCCAUGGAGAUAGCCCGCAAUCCGGCUAUGAUGCAGGAGAUGGUUCGUAACUAUGACCGAGCGAUUUCCAAUCUGGAAUCGGUACCCGGAGGAAUGAAUCAUUUGCAACGGAUAUUUCGGGAUAUCCAAGAACCAAUAAUGGAUGCAGCCUCAAGCAUUGGCUCCAGCUUAAGCGGUAAUCAGUCAAAUGGCAAUUCGGAGCAAAAUCCCUUCGCAAAUUUAGCAGGUGGUGUGCGACAAGGUGCUCCUGCCACUGAACCUAUGCCGAAUCCUUGGGCUCCAGCUACAAACAACUCAUCUAUAAAUAACAAUACUACAACAGCACCUAGUUCGGCAAAUUCAAAUCGUAACAGUGAUUUUGUGCAAACUAUGCUAAACCAACUAUCUUCUAGUCCUGAGUUGGUAUCGAAUGCUUUUCAGGUCCCAUACGUGCAAGCCAUGCUUGAAGCAAUGAGUGCAAACCCUUCAGUUAUGGAAAAUCUAAUCAUGAAUAAUCCAAUGAUUUCUAGCGUUAAUCCAAAUGUACGUGAUCAAAUGCGACAAAUGCUCCCACAAUUAGCUAACCAGAUCAAUCAACCAUCAUUUAUGAACAUGUUAUCAAAUCCUCGUGCUCUCCAAGCUAUGAUGCAGAUCCAACAAGGACUUCAGACACUGCAACAAGAAGCCCCAGGUGUGUUAACUAGUUUAGGUAUGUCUGCACCUCCAACUGGUCCAGGUUCAGUUACAUCUGGUACAACCCCAACUGCAGAGACCCCGGCAACAGUUCCAGCUCCUGGAGACAACUCUGACUCCACAACAGCUGAUCGUACUAAUGAUACUACAGCCAAUCCACCUAAUCAAGCUGAAUUGACCACACUAUUAUCCAGUAUGCUGAAUAUGAUGUCUACCACUAAUAAUGGAUUGGGUGCCACAAACAAUGCUCCACCUGAACAACGAUAUCAAGCUGAACUUGAAGUUCUCGCUAAUAUGGGCUUUGUUAACCGAGAAGCUAAUUUGCAAGGUAAUUGUAAACUGUUCAUUAACGAUGUGUAGGUUUAUAAAAAAAAGUUGUAAAUCAAUUUAUUUUAUAAGGCAUAAAAGUUCUGUCUUACUACCCUCUUGGUUAGACAUUUAUAACCGUUUAAUAUAUUGCGAUAUGUAAAUACUAGAUCUUCCUUAUCAUGGUUUAUAAUAUACGUACGUAGUUUCCUUUUUUUAGUCUAAAAAUUACCCUUGUUACAUUUGAGACGCUAUCUUAGUAUUCUGCUCAAAGUCAGUUAAGUAGGCGUUGGUGAGACGGUUAAAUCAUCAAGCUGCAGGUUGAUUAAACUCAUAAAAAUUUGAGUAUCACUAUCCAAUUAUUCUUAUAAAUCUGCCAUUUUUUUAUCAUGACUCUUUGUUACCCUUUGUCGGUCGAUCAAGUUGAUUUAUAUGCAUAUGCAUUUUUGUGUGCUUCACUUUUUUCCUACUAAUUUAUUAUAGAAUACUUCGGUCUAGGUAAAAGUAUUUUUUUACUGGUUGGUUGAAAGCUAUACCAUUAAUACAGUAAUCUUGAUCUGUACCGUUUCAAAAUAUUUGUUGGAAAACCUUGAUUCCAAAUCAGUGGUGCACAUGGGCUCCAGGAUCCUAAGGAAACAAAUGGCGUAUGAACCUAACGUUGAUCACUAGCUACCAUGGAACGGCAUCUCCUGACGUUGCUCCACCGCCUUGUGAGGUAGACCUUUAGGUCAAAGGCUCGGGGUGUGAUCCCCUAAGAAGACCACGUGCUUCGGUUUGGGUACCCGGGCAGUAUCCUAGCUCUCACAUAAAUCGAAUGAUUUAUGUGGUGCAUACAUAUUUGGUGCCUCCUUUUACUAAUGUUCAUGUGUUCAAAUAAGAUAAAAAAAACUUUGUUCGACAUGCAUAAUAUUAUUAUUUCACAGUUAGUAUAAUUUCCAGUUGGGUAGUUGUUUAUCUCAUUUACCAUAGUUUACAAUUAACGCCCUGAAAACAUUUAACCGUAAGCAUAUUUUUAACUAACCAAUCUAUAUAUUAUUUUUUCUACAGCAUUGAUCGCUACAUUUGGGGAUGUGAACGCAGCUAUUGACCGACUCCUUCAAUCAAAUCAGUCAAGAUAAUGACCCAGGUUGUUCACCCUAAAUAUCGACAUUAUGUAGUACUUAUUUCAUUUCUAGAGAGGAUAUGCACUAAUCUUUGCGUUUUUUUUUAAAAAACAAAGGAGACUGUCAAUAUGUAUUUUUCAUCAGUAUAUUUUUGCUGUCACAGUUUUCAUAAACUGUUGCAUUAUAUGUACUUGUGUGCUGCUAUUCAACAGUUUUGCUUUUUAGACUUGUCAAAAGCCUUUUCAUUUUGUUUUGUUUUUAUUCGCUUCUUAUUAGAACAGUUCGUAUAUGUGUUCUGCAUACUUUCUCAUUAAUUUUCAUAAAGUAUCACACAAACUGCGCACAUCACAGUAAUCAAAUCUUCUUCUACAUCUUUGUUUGUUUGUGUUUUUUUCUCUUACCCUCUUUUUUUUGUUAUACCCUCCAUUUCUCUUUUCCUAGAAUUGUCUAUCCAAUAUGUUUCUUUUUGCGUUUUUUUUAAAGAAAAAAAGACAAUAUGCAAUUGUAUUUGUUUCUCUUCUUUUUCUUUUUUCUUUUCUUUGAUUUGAUGUGUGUACUAGCUCUGUAUUUUGACAUGGUUACGUAGAGGAAGAAAGAAAGCAAGUGGAAAAUUUUUUUUCUCUCAAAAAAAGUGUUUAUUCUCCCGAUGAUUCUUGAAUAUUCUUACAUAUGGUAAAUUGUGUUAACUUCAUUUACAUAUAUGUGGACCAUUUUAGUUAAAUAAGAAAAAAAAUGAAUGUAAUCUAUAAUAUCCAAAAAAUAUAUGCAUAUAUAGACAAACAG